CAGGUAGGAACGUAAAUCACCACUGACAGAAAGUGAUACCAACUUAUAAAAUAAAGCUAUAAAAGCCCUGUCAUCAGUUCUGACCAGCGAAAAGUAAGAUGCUUCAAGACUUAUACCAGAGUUCUAGAGCUUUUCAGCAAACGUUUUUCCCAUCGUGACAUUUGAGCUUUAUAAACGAAAAGUGGUAACCAUUUCGGGAACAACACCUUAACUAUUUUUGAAUGCCGCCCCUGCAUCAAAAAUACAACAAAGCAAGCUUUGGCUCCACUGACGUUCCGUUGACAGGUCAGAAUGACAUAAAUGGCGGAAUUUCUUCGUACGCUGUGGGGCGAACUGAUCUGGCUGUUAGCACCGGGUCGGAGAAAAGACCCCGAAUUCCCCCAUGUCUCCUGCGCGAACCUCCUCUACCCUCUCCCCAUGGCCGUAGGCGUACUGUCCAUACGUUACCUGUUCUUUAGGUACUGCUUUAAGCCCUUGGGAGUGUACCUGGGAGUCAAAGACAAGAGAGCCAGAAUGGCACCCCCAAAUCGGGUGCUCGAACAGGCUUAUGUUAAGUGGAAAAAAGUGCCGCAUUCUGAAAUUGUAGGUCUGACCAAGCACAUGGAUAUGAGCGAAAGACAGAUCGAACGAUGGCUGCGUCUGCGGAAGAAGCAGGACCGGCCUUCGGUUUUAAUCAAGUUUUGUGAAGGUUGUUGGAGAUUCACGUAUUAUUCGUGCAUUUUCGUGUAUGGCGUGGUGGUGCUGUGGGAUAAGCCGUGGCUUUGGGACAUCUCGCAGUCUUGGGUCGACUACCCGCACUCCCAGGUGGUCUCCAGCGGCCUCUGGUGGUACUACAUGAUCGCCCUCUCCUUCUACGUGUCCCUCUUCUUCAGCCAGUUCUUCGACGUGAAACGCAAAGACUUCUGGCAGAUGCUCGUGCACCACAUCGCCGCCAUCCUCCUCAUCGCCUUCUCGUGGCUGGCGGGCGCCUGUCGGGUGGGCUCGCUGGUGCUCGUGGUGCACGACUGCGGCGACAUCUUCCUCGAAGCGGCGAAAAUUGCAAAAUACGCCAACUACCACCUCGUCUGCAGCGUCUGCUUCUGCAUUUUCGCCACCUUGUGGAUCAUCACCCGCCUGGGCAUUUUCCCGCUGUGGAUCAUUAAACACACUCUAAUCGACACCCCGGAGCUAGCGCCCGACUUUAACGCGUUUUAUAUUAUUAAUGGGAUGCUGAUAACGCUCGAGGUGCUACAUGUUUAUUGGACUUAUUUGAUUUUGAAAAUUGCGGUGCAGGCGGCGGGGGAGGGGAAGAUGCAGAAGGACGUGCGCUCGAGCACCGACGACGACACGAACGAGAACUGAUUUUUCGGCAUAGG